UUGCUAGGCAACACUGGAGACUACCAGAAGUCUUCGUGCAGGUCAAGAUAGGCUAACGCCGACUGUUGUCGGGUUGUAUUUGCUGCCUACCUGUACAACAAUAACUCAGCACCAACAUGCCGUUCAGUGCCGACUCAAUGAAACCUCCGCUGCAUGACCAAAUAACGGAGAUGCAGCGUAAAAUACAACUUCUGGAGGGCGACAGAACUGCGUACUAUGAGAGCUCUCAGUCCACUAUCAAGAAGAACCGAGAAACCAUCCGCCAGCUGAGGCAGGACAACAAGAGGCUGUGCAGGAAAAUGGCCGACGUAAACGCUGGGGAUGCAACUAUCAUCAAAGUGGCCUUUCAGAACAGAGGGUUGGAGAAGGAUGCCUACCGCAACAUGUCAGGGAAGGCAGCCCUGACCACGCUCGACCAGAGAGUGCUGUCCAAGACGAAGCGUCUCAACGCCCUUAAACACACCACCCAGACCUUGCAGUGCCGCCUGGAUGAGCUGAAGAAGGAAUACCAGAGGAGUAAACCAGAGGGCAGCAGUGGAGCAGUGUCCGCCGACACUAGAGCUCGGAAAAAAGAGGAAGAUGCCAUGGUGGAUACCUCUCAAGCUCAUGCAGAAAUGUUUGAAAAAGAAAAUCUGUUAUGCGCUGAAAAAACCGAUAGAAGGGCUCAGAGAACAGCGAUGCAGCCCGACGAGCUGAGCAGCGAGGCUCAGCGCAGCAGCCCCAGGAUAGCAGGCGAAGAGGACAAGGUCAUCUCCACUUUUGAGGAGGCAUUCCGACGCAUCAAGGAGGCCACGGGAGUCACAGACAUACAGGAGAUAGUGGAGCGCUUCAUCUCACAGAAGGAGACACACCAGCAUCUGGAGAAGCUGAAGGGAGAGAACGAGACGGUACUGCAGCAGCUGAAGGAGCAGAAGGAGCUCCUGGACCAACAGUUCCAGGACAUGAAAUACUCGGGAGAGGCUGAACUCUCGAGUGACAGACAGAUGCUGGAGGAGUGUGAGCUGCAGCUGCAGGCUCAGCAGCAGAGGUGUGAUGCAGAUAAGGAGCGUCUGGAGUGGCUGGUGAAAGCCCUCAGUACUGUGCAAGCCGGAGUGGAGCACCUCGCAGACAAACUUCAACACAUCACGCUGAGAGAGGACACGGUGGCUGAAGUGUCUCCAGACUCAGAUGAGUUUGUGUUAGAGCUGAUGACCCAGUGUGAGCUGAAGCUGAAGUUACUGCACGAGGAGCUUCGAGGAAAGGAUGUGUCUGCUAUCAUGAAGGAGAUGGAGGAAGAGGAAUUCUAUGUCAGGAUUGAGGGAAAGCUGCCGGAGUACAACACCCGCGUCAAGCUGCCUGAGGACCAGAGUCUGGACCUCUUCAAUGACGAGGACGACAGUGAAGAGGACGAGGCUGACGUCAUGUCUCGCGAGGCACUGAAGCGCCAUUCUCAGAUGAUCAUUGAGUCCAAGUCCAAGAAGAAGCCCUGGAAGAAGAAGAAGGGCAAAUUCUGAUCGCUACAGUGUCAGGACUCUGAUCUCAGGACCCAGAUUUCAAAUCGCUAUAUUAAUGUUUCACCGCUCAAAUUAAAAUUAGUAUGUGUUGCUACAAAUCUUUGACAAAUACAAAUGAGAUUAUAUAUUUUAGAAAUGAAUUAUUAGCCCAAUUAAAAAGCUCUACGAUGAUUUUUGUUUAAAUAUAUGUUAGUACCUUUGAAAUGUGUUGUAUAAGUGUGUGUUUUGACAACAGUAAGGUUCUCUGUUGUUACACAAACUAUUGGUCCUUUGCUUCUAUUCACAGUGCACAAGUCCACACUCUGCAUGGUGCCCUUGUAAAAAAAAUACAAAUAUUGCUUUUACUUUUUUUGGUAUAAUCUGACCAUAAAUGUGGGUGAAACCAGUCACUUUUGCUUGAAGGCUUUCUCCGUUAUUGUCCUGCUAUCCAUCGUGAACGUAAUAGGGUUGUACCUUUCAGAAAUGAUACAGGUCCCUGAAAGCCAACACCUUUGACAAAUCCAGCCAAGUGAAUCACGUUGACACUAGAGACAUAUUUGCUUUGUCCCAGCAUACCGUAACAUGUGAGCGUCAACACCUGAACUAUCUCUGCUAUGCUCAGCAUGUCAGAAAUAGCUGUGCCUCUUUGCUCAAAUACUUUGUGGUUGCUGUUAGGUGGAUUGUUUGGUUUUCUUAUAAUUAGCAAAGCAAAACAUCAGAGUGUAACUCAAUCAUGUUCUCUGUGUUUAAUUGUCCAACUGAUACAUCUGCCAUUGAGUGUCAUACAGAAUUCAACCAGACAGACAACUAUGAUUGAUCAAAUACAUUAUUGUUUAAUUCUAAGGGUUUGGUGCUCCUGUA